AUGCAAAGCAAACGAACUCUUGGAGAUGCCUAUGUCUUGGAAACAAUUGAAAAGGUUAUUUCCAUUAUAGCAAAAGAAACUGGAUUUGAUGGAAUUCAAUUACAAGCUCUUGAUUAUUUUUCAAAUCUAAUAAACGCAUAUCUCGAUAAUAUGUUUACCUCUGCUCAUCGACUUGCUGAUUUAAAUACAUAUUUCAAGACUCAGUCAAAAGAUACAACAGUAGAAAAACUACCAGCAUUCUUACCUUCAGAUGACGAAGAAUCGGAUGAAGAGGUAACAGAAGGAGGCUUGCCUUCUUAUGUUCCUCGUCAUUUACCUACUUUUCCAAGCAAACAUUCAUUUAGAAAAACACCUGUUUACAUUUCUAGACCUGAUGAUCCACAAAAGGUACGAGAAUUGAAUUCAGAACAAUCACGUACAGUUGAGGAGAAUCUUAAAAAACUCAUGUCAGCUGAAAAUGAUAUUUCGAGACAAAAAAAUGAAGAUUCAACAAGUACAAAAAUAGAUUCAAUUAUGAAUGAUAUUACAAUACCCAUUGUUAAUUAUGAAAUCUUUAUUCAAAGAAGAAAACGACAGAAGCAAUCAGGAACAACUCUAAAUGUGGAAGGAGCCAAUGAACCAAAAUUAAACAAUAAUGACUCUAAUGAAAGCAAUAAUGAGAUGACUGCGAACACAAAUGAGUUUGAUCAAGAUUCUAAUAAAGAUACAACACAAAAUACAUCUUCUCAAACUUUAACAUAG